AUGCGUUUUUAUCUGUUUCUGUCUGUGGUAGCUUCUUUGUGCUCUGCUCUGGUCAUUCCAGAUCAAGAAACUCUUGCGGCCAUUUCAAAGGCUUAUCUACGUCUUCAUGGGCAUGGUUACUCUCAACCAGUCUCCACUGGUGCAGAUAGCCAUGAUGAUGAACCAGACACUGUCUCAUGGUGGAGAGUGGUCUCGGCCAUAACGAGGGACAGGCGUGGCUCUGCCACCAAUCUUGUGUUGAGUCUUCUAGGGCUUGAUUCUCGCUUGGAUGGGGCUGUCGAGGUUUCACAGUAUAGAGAUCCCGCUGCCGACGGCGCCAACGACGACCGAGGUGGUGGAGGAGACGACGGGGGGGAUGAUGAUGGGGAUGGUGGGGAUGACGAGAGACCAGACUAUUGCUAUCGAACAGGUCCAGGCGAAAGGCCAGGAUAUGGACAGCCCUUCACCGAGUGUGACCAUCGAGCAUGUCCGCCAGAGGUAUUCUGUCCAGAAGACCACACCAUCUGGGAGCUGAUCAAUGAGAGCGCGAAAACCUCACGACUCGCGAACCUCAUGAAGAACACUGAUUACCUGGUCAACGUGCUCAACAGUACCACAGCAAACUAUACUCUAUUCGCGCCAACAAACAGUGCCCUCGAGCGGCUGCUGGAUGAAGAACCUCCGACCGAACUGCUGAAACAAAUUGAGCACUACCAUGUCAUCCCUGGUCUUUUCAACACGAAUAAGUGUCGACGCCAUCAGACACUGCGAACAGCAUUGAACGAGUCCUCCCUAGGCAAACACAUGCCACAGCGAGUGGUAGUGAGGAAACGCCAAAAUGCCCUGCUGCUAAAUGGCAUGAGCCGCAUCGUAGUAGGCGAUAUCUCCGCUAAAAACGGUAUAAUGCACCAAAUCAACAUCCCUCUCUUACCACCUCCAAACACAAGUGCAAUUAUCGACCUUCUCCCAGCCCACCUCAGCACUUUCGCCCACGGCUUAGAACGCACGAAACUAACCACGCACUUCUGGAAAGGUAAUCGCGUCGGCGGAACAACAUUCGCCCCUACAAACGCAGCAUUUGAGCGCCUCGGACCCCUGGCUACUGCAUUCCUGUUAUUGCCACAGGGUGAGCAAUGCCUGCGGUCUUUGCUGCAGUAUCAUAUCGUGUUGAAUCAGACUUUGUACUCGGAUGCGCUGUACUCGAAGGGAGACGUGUUUGAGUUUGGCGGAAUUGAGUCGAGUGCUUCGGUCCAUGUGGGAUUGCUGACGGUGUUGAAGGGUCAUGCUUUGGAUAUUGAUGUGGCGAGGAGAGGGCCUGGGGUCGAAAUUAGGGUGAAUGGGUUUGUUCGGGUUGUUGGGCUGGAUCUGUUGGCGAGUGAUGGGGUACUGCAUGUUCUGAAUGAAGUGUUGGUUCCGCCGAGGAAGAUUGGAGGGAAAGUUAAGCGGGAUAAUGGAGUGGACAGGAUUGGGGUGGAAUUGUUGAAGCAGCGGCUGGGAGGGUGCGUGGAAGAUACGUCGGCUCGGAUGGAACGAGUGUGA